AUGAAUAAAAUAUUAUACUAUUUAUUAUUAUUUAUAUUCUUCUUUGUACAUUACCUUAAUUCACAACCACAACAACCACAAGAACAACAACGAGAGCAACAACCACGACUACAACAAUCACAAGAUAUCAAUAAUGAUAUAAUAAAUAUUUAUGUAAAUUCAAAUUAUACCAAUAGCAAUGGUAAUGGUACCAUAGUAAAUCCAUUUCAAAAUUUAUGUGUGCUUAAUAAUUUAUUACCAAGAUUAAACAAUUUAAACAAUACAAUAAUAAUAAUAAAUAUAGGAUAUGGUUUUUAUGAUAUUAAAAAAUGCACUUUUUCUCAAUUAAUAAUAAAAAAUUAUAACAAUAUAACUUUUAUACCAUAUGAUUUUAAUAAUGAGAAUAAUAAUAAUAAUAAUAAUAAUAACAAUAAAAUAGUUUUAAAAAAUACAUAUUUAAUUAUUACAAAUUCAACAAUUAAUUUUCAAAAUGAAAUAAUAUUAAAUUUAAAUGGUUUUUCAUUUUCUUUUAGUCACAUAGAGUUUAAUGAUGGAGUUGAAAUUAAUUUUCAAGGAACUUUACCAACGAUAAAUUAUUGUAAUUUAAAAUUUAAAAAUUCAAAAUUUAAUUUUUUAUACUCCACAUCUCAUAUGGAAUGUACAAAUAGUUUAAUUGAAUUCAUAGGAUCAACAUUGGGAGGUGGGGAAAUUAUAUUUUAUUCAGGUUUAGAACCAAUAAAAGAUAGUGGUAUUAUAUUUAGAGAUAAUAGUUUUUCAAUAAAGAAUAAUUUGAAAAUGGCAGUUUAUAAAUUACAUGUUGAAAAUUCAGUAUGGAUAGAUUCAACAGUAUCAAGUUUUUCAAGUAUUCAUUUCAAUGAAACUAAUAUUUUUAAAUCACAAAAUCAAAAUGAUAAUCAACAACAACAACAAAUAGAAGAAGAUAAUCCAAUGUUUUCAUUAUCAAAUCAAGAUUUAUUUAAGAUUAAUGUAAUUUUAAAUAUAGUGAAUUGUAAAAUCAAUUAUAUUGAUCCACAUCAAGGUGAGACAAGUUAUUCAAUGAUUUCAAUUUUUUCAAGUUUUCAACCAGUUAUUCAAAUGAUUUCAAUAAGUAAUGUGGAAAUCUCAGGAUUUAAUAGUAAACAACCAUUAAUUUUUCAAAAAGGUGAAUCAAGUUCAUUAGAAAUUAAUAAUGUUCUCAUAGAGAAUUGUACAUCAUUACAAUUUAUAGAUUCACAAUCUGGUGAUAUAAAAUUAAGUCAAAUGAAAUUUAGAAAUAAUAAAUUUAAAAUAUUAAUUGAAAUUAGAAAUUCAAAUCUUUAUUUCUAUGAAACUGGAAUACUUUGUAGUGAUAAUAAUGAUAUAGGUUUAAUGGUAUCUUUUGAUACUACAACCUAUUUGUUAACAGAGGAUGUAGAAACAGCAAUAACAACAACAACAUAUGGUCGUAAUAAUAUUUUAUUAGAGAAUUUAGUUUUUCAAUGUUCAGGUUUAUUUAAUUUCAUUAAAUCUGAUAUUAGAAUUGAAAGUGUUAGAAUGGAAUCAUCAUUUAAAAAUUCAUUAAUUUCACUUUAUAAUGAUUGUUCAGCACAAAUAUCCAAUAGUCAAUUACUUUCAAAUUCAUUUGAAUCAAAGUCAUUAUUCUAUAUAAAUUCAAGUCAAUUAUUUAUAUUUAAUAGUGACUUUAGUGGUAGUACUGCAUCAUUUGUUUCAGCAUGGAAAGAUUCAAUAAUUUAUUUAGAAUCUACAAGUUGGAAUAAAUUAUUCUCAAAGGGUAAACCAAAUUUUAUUAUCGAGGAAUCCUAUUUACAUAUUACAAAUUCAACAUUUGAUGGUGUUCAAUCAUCUAGUGCACUAAUUGAAAGUUAUAAAUCAUAUAUUGAUAUUAGUAAUACAACGAUUAAUGCAUUUGGUAGUAAAUCAAUUCUUUAUAGUGAAUCUUCUCAAUAUGUAAUUCUUAGUGAUUUGGUUUUAAAUGGUUGUUUCUCUCAAGAUCAAUUAUUUUAUAUAUAUCAAGCUCAAACAGUUGAUAUAAAAAGAUGUAUUUUUAAUAAUAAUCGUGGAUAUGGUUAUAAUUUAUUUAAAUUUAUAAAUUGUACCACUGUGAAUAUAGAGUUUACAAAGUUUAUUGGAAACUCAUUCUCACCAUUAAUUCAAAGUUAUCAAUCAAGUUUAAUUUUACAAUCGAUUACAUUGAUUGGUAAUUCAGGUUCGUUCAUUAAUAGUAUUGGUGAUGUCAUUGUGAAAGUUUAUAAUUUAACUUAUACAGAUAAUUUAAUAACCUAUGACUAUUUAUUUGUUUCUGAAAAUACUCGAUCGAUUAUUCUAAAUUCCAUAACUAUCAAUAAUAAUUAUUUCAAUAAUUUUUUAUUCAUUUUUGAUAAUGUAUCAAAUUUAUUUUUUAAUGAUUUCACUUUAUCAAAUAAUCUAUUAAGUGAAAUCGAUAAAAACGAUACACCAAUGAUACUUUUUCAAAAUUGUCAAAUCACUUCAUUCAUUAAUUUCAAUAUUAUUAAUAAUUCAAUUUCAAAAUCAUUAUUCAAGUCUACAAAUUCUAGAUUGGUUUUUGCUCGAUUAAUAUUUUCAUCAAAUCAAAUCACUGGUAUUGAUAAUAGUUUCAUUGAUUCUUUAACUUCAAAUAUUAUAAUUACAAAUUCAAUAAUAUCAAAUAAUAAUGGUAAUUGUAAAAGUUUAAUAAAUUUAAAUGCUUGUUCUUUAACUAUAGAUUCAACUAAUUUCCAAGGAAAUUAUUUCAUUCAAAAUGGUGAUGGAUCAAUUAUUUCUUAUAAAUCUAUUAUCAAUGAAAAGAUUGGUAAUAACUUUUUUCAAAUUUCAAAUUCAAUAUUUUAUAAUAAUUUUGGGAAAUUUGGUGCUGUUUUUUCAUUUUAUAAUUUCUCACUUUUAAAUGAUACAAAAUAUCCAAUCAUUAAUAAUAAUAGUAUAUUCAAUAAUAAUAGUUUUAUUUCAAAUACUGCCACUCAACAAGGUGGUGUUUUCUAUACAAAAAAUUUUUUAUUUAAUUUAAAUUCAACUUUAUUUAAUUCAAAUAUUUUUUUAAAUAAUAUUGCAUUUUGUGGUAUAAAUUUUUCUUCAGAAUUUAAUAAAGUAAUAUUUAAAAAUAAAAAUGUAAUUAAUGGUUUAAAUUCAUUAAUUGAAUAUAACCUUUUAGAUUAUUAUGGUAAUAUUUUUACACCAUUAUCAACUACUGUUAAUAUUAGUAUAACAAGAGUAUCAAAUAUGAAAUCAAUUAUAAUACCAAGUGUUAUUAUUGUUGGAGUUGGAAAUUUUAAAUAUCAAUUUAUUGGUGAUUUUGGUGAAAAUUAUAUUAUUGAAACUAUUAAUGGUGAUAAUGAUGAUGAUAAUGAUAAUGAUGAUGAUAAAUCAAAUAUUUCAUUUAAAGAAACAAUUAUGGUUUUAGGUUGUUUACAAUAUCAAUAUUUUAAUGAAACCAAUGAUAGUUGUAAUUAUUGUUCAGUUGAUUUCUCUUACAGUCCUUCAUUAAAAAAAUGUUAUCAAUGUGAUCCUGAUAAAAUAUCUUGUUUAACUUCAUCAGUUGUUACAAAUGAUGGUUAUUAUUUAGUGAAUCAAGAUGUUUCCAUGGUUGAAGAAUGUCCAGUUGCAAUGUGUCUAUCAAAUAAUACUUGUCUUUCAAAUAAUAGUUUUGGUAAUUUAUGUUUUAGUUGUAAAGAUCAAUUUGGAAAUGUAAUACAGUCAAAAAAUGGUAUAAGAUGUUGUUCAAGUUUUAAACCAAAUUUAAUCAUACCAAUAUUAAUAAUAGUUUAUUUAAUUUUUGGUUUAUCAUUAUCAUUAUUAAAAUAUAAUCUACUUGAAAAACCAAUUGGUCAAAUUAUAAUAUUCCUUCAAAUUAAUUCUGUGGUAUUCUUUUCAUAUAGUGGUGUUUACAUUUUACCAUUAUUCAGAAUGUCAAUUGACCUAUUUGAUGGAGUUUGCCUAUUUAAAGGUUUAAAUGCAAAUUAUAAAUUUUUCAUUUCACUUUUUAUUAUUACCUCAUUAUUUUUCAUUGGUUCAACUGAUAUUACAUUAAAUCUAUUAGAAUUUACUUUAAAAAGAAUUUUCAAAUUUUCAAAUUAUCCAAACUUUUUAAAUAAAAUUUUAAUUGGUAAAGUUAAUCAAGGUAAAAUUUAUAAAUGGAAAUCAAUUUGGUCAUUAUAUCAAAUAUUUAUAAUACCAUUAUUAUUUAAUUCAAUUUGUUUCUUAAUUUCAAAAACUAUAAAUAAUAUUGAUUAUUUAUCAAUUGAUUUUUCAAUUAAUUAUAAAUCAAAAAUUAAUCAACUUUGUAUUACUCUAUCAAUUAUAAUUAUUUUAAUGAUAUCAUUAAUUUCUAUAAUUUCAAUUAUAUCAUUUUUAAUUUUCAAAUUUAAAACUUUAAAAAGAAUUUUAAAAAUUAAUAAUAGUAAUAAUAACUCAAAUGAUAAUAAUAAUAAUAAUCAAAAUUCAAAUAAUAGAAAAUUAAAAUCAUAUUUCAUUUCAAAAUUAAAUUUAAUAUUUUUAAAUUUUUAUAGAUUACAAUUACAAUUAAAUUAUAAAAGAAAUUUUAAAUAUUGGGAUAAUUUAAUAUUAUUAAAAUCAUUAUUAUUAGUGAUAUUAUCAAUUUCUUUUAUUUUUAAUUUUAGUCAUUUUAUGACUUUUGUUAUAACAAUUCAAAUCAUAUAUACAACAAUUCACUUUCUUUUUAAUCCAAUUAAAAAAGAACUAUUACCAAUAACAAAUUUUAAUAAUUUAACAAAUCUAUUACAAUUAAUUAUUUUCAUCAUUUCAGAUUCAACAUUGCUUAAAUCAGUUUCAUUAUUUAAUCAAGGAAAAAUUUUAACAAGUUUAUCAUUUUUAUUUUCUUUAUUUAUUUGUUUUAGUUAUUAUUAUUAUUAUUACUAUUAUUAUUUUAAAAGAAAUAAUUUUUCAACAACAACAACAACAUCAACAAAUAAUUUUGAUUUUAAAUCAAAUCAAUUAAAAAAAUUAUAA